GCAGUGCGGAGUAGCGGGGAAACUCUCGGCGGCAGGAAGGGGACGCCGGAGGGAAAGGCAGCGUUCGAGUCUCUCUAGAAGGGAGGAAUGGAAUGAGUGGGAGCCAUCCCAGCGCAUUCACGUUUGGCCUUGACGUGUGUACUCGCAGCGCGCACGCGCAGAAGAAUGGCCAGAAUUGGUUUGCGGGGCAGUGUAACUUCUAGUCCCAACCAAUCCAGAUGCAGCGAGGGGGAGGGGGGCCCAGCCUUAACUGGCGAGUGCAGCAUCUGCGCGCGGGUUUCGUCGGGUCUCAGCUGUGCCUGUCUUCCUAGUCCGCACCAUGGAGUCUGGUCUGAUCAGGCGUUUAGCCCCGCGCCUGGGCAUCGUCGAGCCGGAGGUGCUGAGUAUUAGGCAAACUUCUGAAAAAGAAGGAGUUUUAGUGAAUGUGUUGCUCAGGAAAGCAGAGGAGUACUUGCGACUGUCCCAUGUGAAGUGUGUUGGCCUGUCUGCACGAACCACAGAAACCAGCAAUGCAGUCAUGUGUCUGGACCUUGCAGCUUCCUGCAUGAAGUGCCCUUUGGACAGGGCUUACUUGAUUAAACUUUCUGGCUUGAACAAGAAGAUGUAUCAGAGUUGUCUUAAAUCUUUCGAGUGUUUAUUGGGCCUGAACUCAAAUAUUGGAAUAAGAGACCUGGCAGUACAGUUUAGCUGUACAGAAGCAGUGAACUUGGCUUCAAAGAUACUGCAAAGCUAUGAGUCCAGUCUUCCACAAACACAGCAAGUGGAUCUUGACUUAUCCAGGCCACUUUUCACCACUGCUGCACUGCUUUCAGCUUGCAAGAUUCUAAAGCUAAAGGUGGACAGAAAUAAAAUGGCAGCCACAUCUGGAGUUAAAAAGGCCAUAUUUGAUCGACUCUAUAAACAAUUAGAAAAGAUUGGGCAGCAGAUUGACAGAGAACCUGGAGAUUCAGCUACUCCACCACAGAAGAAAAAGAAGACAGUGAUUGAACCUUCAGCAAAGGAAAUAGAAAAUGCAGUAGAGACCCUACAUAAACCUCAAAAAGAUGAAGAUCUGACACAAGAUUAUGAAGAAUGGAAAAGGAAAAUUUUGGAAAAUGCUGCUAGAGCUCAAAAGUCUGCAACACAGUGAUUUCAGCCUCCAGACUAACUUGUACUGCAAACCAGCAGUGCAUCUGCCACCUCAAGGAAAAUGUGAGGACUUUGGAAAUUUGUUUAAACUUUUAAAACAAAGAUCCUAUUCUUAAUGGCAAAGAAGGCAGCCUUGGGGCUGAGCAGGAUGGCUCUGAUAUGGGCAGCAAAUUCAUUAGAUCAGCCACAGUGCCUGGUUGACUCAGCCUUGGCUCCCCACAGGUCUGCACUCUGCAAAAUGUAAUUGAAGCCAUUUUGCUUUUUUGUUUUGUUUUAAGCAAAAGACAGUCUCCUGCCCUAUCCAUAAUAUGAAUUUCAGGCUGAAUGGAGUCUAAGGAUUUUACUUUUUUGUGUAAAUCUCUUGGUAUGAAUAAAUCCAUAUAUGGUACAAUCUUAAGUUAAUAAAUAUUAUUUUUAUAUGCA